CAGUCGUCAGCGGCGUCCGUCAGCCCGUCCAAUCAGUCCCAUCAGUCCCGACCGAUUCAUUGUCAGGUCAGAUUGACUCAGGUCUCAAGACUCAAGAAUUCAACAGACGGCAGACCGAUUCAGACCGACUCGUGGCCGUGACUCGAGACUCGACGCGAGAGCACUGCAUCCACGUCCAAACGCAAACAGAUGUGGAGUGACUGUCCAGAUCUCUGACAUUGACGUAUCUUGGCCACGAGUGGCCACGAGUGUCGAGCACGAUACCUACUCCUCUUUACGCGAACGCUGAACACGACAGCGAGGAAGAGGCGCGUGGCCGCCGUAGUAGUGUAGAUCAUCACCAUCAUCCGAGCCAGUUCCGGAUUCAGACCGGACGGGAAACAGAUUACAGAGCGGGCGGGAUAUCGAAAUCGAGGGGAUAAAGAGCGAUCGCCAUGAGCGAACUCAGUCAGGAAGAAAUGAGAAGAAGGCGAUUAGCCCGAUUAGAGGGCUUCAACAAUAAUAAUGCAACUGCCAGUUCGUCUAAUGCUAUUGCUCCAACUUCCCCGAGCACUUCGGAGUUAUCAAAAGCAUUCCCAGGAUCAAUAUCUCCGUCUAUUCAACAACAAUUACAGCGUGCUGAGAUACCAAUGGAAGUAGAAGAGAGCAACGAUAAACAAUGUAAUAUUACCGAAAUGGAUAAUUCAGGAAUUGAAAGCAUGGAAGUUGACGAAUCAGAUAGGAAAGAUUCAAUACCACGAUCGCGUACGACGAGCUCUAGCAUAGAAGUUACAACAGAUCACAUACACGUUGUCAUAUCACGCGUCUUGCGCAUAUCGUGGAAAAGCUCCGUUGAAGGAACUAUAUUCUUACCACAAACAGCAGCGUACACGCUGAAGCAGAAACAGCUAGAUUUUAGUGAAAUCAUUAACCAAGCCUUAAUGGAGAUUUUGUGUAUGUUCUCAAAAAGGGAAGAUCUUUUGAACGAUAUCACGGUAGAUAUAUCGUCCGAUCGACAAGACAGUCCGAAUAACCAAGCGAGUCCUUUGCUAAGUCCUGUCAUGGCUCUUCCGUCUUACCAAUUACCGACUAUGCCAUUACCCAUAGGCAGCAAAUCGUCGCAACCCAAAAGUUUAACUUAUUUGUUAAAUUGCUAUUCAAGAAUCGCAAUAGAGGAAAGAAAUCAUCCAAAGCGAUCCAGCAUACCUCCUCUUUCCAAUGUACUGACGGUAUUGAAAACGCAAUGUGUUCAGUACUCUAGCCUUGUUCUACAAGGAUUGGUUGGCAUUUGUGAAGCUUCAGUUAUUCCUAUGUGUACCACUUAUCUUCUUUAUCCGAUACUGUCGCAAAGUUUACCUCGAGGCUACCUUCACGAACUUGUAGCUAAGACACACACGAAUUCAAGCACGUUCAAUAAGAUAUUCACCCCGGUCUUGCAAGGCCUGUAUCUCUCAAUGCAACAAGCGAGCUUGGUUGGCAAUACACACAGAAGACCGAUCGAGGCGCUAGAGGAACUGAUAGAAAUUCGCUGCGGUCCAGGCGGCAAAAUACGUCCGAUAUGCCGUCUGAUUACAAAUCAAGUACAAUUCUUGCCCGAUAUUAUGACGUCAGCCGCCGGCAGAGAACUUACGAGGACUUCGUUUUUGGGGCCGUUUCUCUCAGUAUCGGUAUUUGCUGAGGAACAACCGAAAGUGGCUGACAAAUUUUUCAGCGGAAAUCACGUCACUGACAAAUCGGUGAAUUUAUCCUUGCAGCAAGAGUUAGAAAGUACCAGAACUUCGUUGCACAAAAUGUUUUACGCAAUACUUACAAACAGUAAUUGCCGCGAUGCGACUUUAACGUACUUGGCCGCGUUAUUGCGUCACAAUGAGAAACGCGCGCAAAUACAAACCGAGGAGUUUUCUCUGGCCGGAGAUGGAUUUAUGUUGAAUCUAUUGUCGGUCUUGCAAAUGCUCUCUGUAAAAAUCAAAUUGGACACCGUAGACCCUCUGUAUCCAUUUCAUCCCUCCAGCUUUGUUGAUAUAAAGAAUGACACAAGACUGAAACUUACCUCGCAGGAAGUCGCGGAAUGGCAAAAGCAUCUGGAGAAGACGCAUAAGUGGACGGAAUCGAAAUUUCCGACUCAGUGCUGGUUCUUGACAUUGCAUUGCCAUCACAUCGCGUUACUACCGGCAUUGCAAAAGUAUCAAAGAAAAUUGCGAGCAUUACGCGACUUAAAAAAUAUGCUCAACGAAUUGCAAGCCACGGAACCCCAGUGGAAGGAUAGCCCCUUCGCUGAACAUAAUAGAGAUUUGAUUAAACAAUGGAAGCAGCAAUCGGAACAAUUAAGUAAAUUUAAAUUGUGUGCGGACGCAGGUCUGAUAGACCCUGUCUUUUUAAGAAGAUGCUUACACUUUUAUAUAUCCGUGGCCGAGGUUUUGUUGAGUCUUCUGACACAGACUGCCCCAGGUAACCCUCUUCCCAAACUUCCACUUCCUCAGGAAGUCACAUGCAAAUUUACCGCAUUACCGGAAUGGUAUGUGGAGGAUAUAGCGGAAUUCUUGGUGUUUACGCUCCAAUUCUGUCCUGGAGUAGUGGUAAGUGGUAAUAUGGAUAAUCCGCUUAUUACGUGGCUACUGGUCGUCGUGUGUACACCGCAUUGUAUACGAAAUCCGUAUCUAAUCGCAAAAAUCAUCGAGGUCCUCUUUGUGAUAAAUCCUAGCCCUCAGGGAAGAACGGAGAUUCUCCACGAAAAAGUCAUGGCGCAUCCUAUAUCCAAGACACUCUUGGCGUCGUAUCUCAUGAAAUUUUACACCGACGUUGAAACUACUGGCUCUAGUUCCGAGUUUUACGACAAGUUUUCAAUACGUUAUCACAUAAGUCUAAUCUUGAAAUCAAUGUGGGAUAGUCCGGUACAUCGAGCAUCUAUCGUCAAUGAAAGCAAUAAUGGCAAGCAAUUUGUCAAGUUUAUCAACAUGUUGAUGAACGACACUACCUUUCUACUUGACGAGAGUUUGGAAUCUCUGAAGCGUAUACACGAGGUGCAGGAACUCAUGUCGGACACUACCGCGUGGAGUGCACUUUCCCAAGAGCAACAGCAAUCGAGGACGAGGCAGCUGGCAGCAGACGAGAGACAAGCAAAGUCUUAUCUUACACUAGCCAAGGAAACAGUUGCCAUGUUCCACUAUCUGACGGUCGACAUUAAGGAACCGUUCCUACGACCGGAAUUAGUCGGGCGAUUGUGUGCCAUGCUAAAUUUCAAUUUGCAACAAUUGUGCGGACCUAAGUGCAAAAAUCUGAGAGUGAGAACACAGCAAAAAUACGGGUGGCAACCAAGGACGUUACUUAGUCAAUUGGUUGAUAUAUAUUUGCAUCUUGACUGUGAUAAUUUUGCGGCCGCUUUAGCCAGUGACGAACGUUCGUUCUGUAAGGAAUUAUUCACGGAUGCUGUAAGCAGGCUACACAAAUAUGCGAUCAAAACUACCACGGAAAUUGAGAGAUUUAUAGCGCUCGCGGAACGUGCGGCGAUAAUCGCAAGAGAUAAUCGCGCGCGUGAUGCAGACUACGGCGAUGCUCCUGAGGAAUUCCGAGAUCCAUUGAUGGAUACUCUUAUGGAGGAUCCAGUCAGACUACCAUCUGGUAUUGUUAUGGACAAGGCAGUUAUCAUUAGACAUUUACUCAAUAGUGCCACGGAUCCUUUCAGUCGGCAGCCACUUAGCGAAGACAUGCUCACACCAAUGCUCGACUUGAAAGAAAGGAUAUCUGUAUGGAAACAACAAAAGAAAAGAUCGACGAAUAUAUAAACGGUGCUAAUGUGAUGAGAAUUCUGCAAGUAAAAAUAUAGGAGUAAAAAAAUUUA